CUCAUUUUCCCAUUUUGUAAUGAAGAAAACCAGAGCCGUAUAUAGAUAUAUGGCUCUGAAGAAAACUAAAUCUCUCUCUCUCUCUCUCUCUCUCUCUCUCUCUCCCCAAGUGUAAACAAAGGCGAUUGGUGGUGGCUGUCAUUCUCUCCUAUAUUUCAGGCAUGGAAGGGCGCUGCCUUGUUUGCAUCCGGUCAAUGGACUUGGCCCCAUCAUCAAAAGAAGGAUUCCGAUGAAGAUGUCGCGCUGAAGAAGACUGAUAGACAACUAUGGCUGGAACUGUUUUGCCAACACUCAUAGAAGUGUGUGAACACUUUCAGGACUUACUUCGACUGGCUGCAGCAGAUGGUGUUGUUGAGUCAUGGGGCCUUGAAAUGAUGCUUCAGAAUGUCAGUCUGUCCCUGCACGAUGACGAAAACUUUUCAGGCCAUCUACUGUACGGAUUCCAUUCCUUGUUAUAUUUAUUAGCAAAGAAAUUAGAUGAACUAAAUCAUGAAGUUCAAGGAGACAGCUGCAGCUGCGGUUGGGACAAUUCUCAGCUUCCCGAACCCCAGCAUAGCGACAUCCACAGAUAUACCUCGGGGACAGUUGUGCGAUGGGUGCAGGGGGAAUGCUACGUUCUUCUUGCUUCCACUGCCGACGAUGUGUACCCAGAAGGUGAACAGGAGAGUCAGAAUGAGGAAGAAAUGGAAGGGAAACCAGGGGGUGACAGUGAGGGUCAGUAUGAAGAAUCAUAUCAGCAUGACAGUGUUAAUAGUGAAAGCUAUUUACCAGAUGAUGACUUUCAAAAUCAGGAGGGUUACAACUCUGUUUGUCGCAAUGAUGAUGCAGCUGAAGAAGUAGGACGAGAUACACUCGAAAAUAAUGAAUUUUCUCCCGGUGAAAUGCGACAAAACUCUGAAGAUAAUGAGGAGCCAGAUCCUUAUCCUUCUCAGUCUUCGGUGGUGCAACAGAAUGCAGAUUUCAAUAAUACAAUAUCUGAUGAAGGACCUGGAAACACAAGAGCACAGUGCCCAUUAAGCACAUCCCAGGGCUCUGACAGAGAGGGUAGUGCAGGUAUAUCUGGUUUAGAGAAGAGGCAAUUUAAAGGGAAAAGGAGCAGAAAGAGGACAAGGCAAUCAAGAACCAACUUGAGAUUACUGAAAAGACAUCGUGAUGAGUCUAAGGCCAAACAUUUAAAGAGUAGUAGUGACAAUGUGGAAAGUAAUGCCGGUAGCAAAAGUAUCUCAGAAAAUAUGAUUAGCAUUUCAAGUAAAUAUUCUCAAAAGUUUUCAAAGAAGAGGGAUGCAGAUAUUCAGAACAUUGGUAAGGAAAAUGAUUUGACCGAUGAUGAGCAGGAAGCAUGUGUUGCUGUAAAGACAGAUUACAACAAUGUUGAAAUAAGUAGUGGUGGGAAAAGAGAUUAUGAAGUAAUUGUCAGUGGGAAAGUCACUGGUGAUGAACCAUACGAUUCUGCAAACAGAGAUGCACAUGUAAACGAUACUGCAAGUACUGUGAAUUCCCCAAAUGAUUCUUUUGAGAGCGAUGUUGAUCAAGAUGGCACGAAUGAUGAUAAGUCAAGUGAAAAUGAAAUUCAGGAAAGUAGCUGUGAUAUUAGCUUGGAUGUAGACUGCAGUCAUGCGGAUCGUGAGUCUGGAGUGACGGACAAAGUAGCCUCUCAUGGUGCCGUUUGUGAAGUGAAUAGUGAAACACCAUUAGGUGCUGUCAUCAGUGAAGAGAGUAUUGAUGGUGAUAACAGCUGUACUCUUGUCAUUCAUGAAGAAGAAACAAGUGAAAGUUUAUCCAGAGAUACCCCAGUGGAAGCUGACAAGAGCUUGUUGCAAGAAGAAGUAAAGCGUGAUAGAGACGAAGGACUUCCAGCAGAGAAAACAGUCUUGAACCAGAAGGAAAGAACCUCAGAAACACCUGACAUUCAAUUUGACUUUUAUUCUUACAUGAAAGAUAAGACCAAUACUUCUGAAAGCUUUGUAACUCCUAAUCAAGAAAUAUCCCAGUCUGCGAGUGAUGGACAGCAUAAUGAAUAUAAUGACGACAAUGGUGAAGAAGACAGCGACGAUGACUCUAGUUCUGUGACCUCCAGCAGCUCUUCGUCGUCAUCUUCGAGUUCCUCAUCGAGUAGCGAUGAUGAUGACCGGAUUAAUUUCAAGCAAAGAGUUGAGCGGGCAGCUCAAGCUGCAAGAGAAGCUGAGGCAUCUGCAGCAGCUUUGAAGUCAAAGAGUGGAAUUCAUCAAGGGGGAGUGAGAGAGAAUGAGGUGUCCUUGCAGACUCGCCCUUUGAUACACAUGACUUCUGUUUGCCCCUCCUCCAGUUCAGUAGAACAAUCGGAUAAUGAUAAUUCCCUAACAAACUCAGUAGCAGCACCUGCAUCACAAAUCUUUGCUCCCCCAUCAUCAAGCAGUCAUGCUUUGGCACCUACCAGUAUGCUUUGCAUGAAACCAAAUGAAGUUGGGCAAAACCAUCCCAGCCUUAACCCGGGUCUAAACUGUCCAGAGCCUGAGGAAAUCCGUCACUGCGGUCGAGAUCCUGCCGAUCUUCAAGCAGCUCAGGGUCUAGCUGACCUUCAGAGGGGCCAGGAUCUUGUUCUUAAUAGCUCUGUGAAAACAACUCCCAGUUCAAUGAACUACACUAGAAACCAACCCAUGGAAACUCCAUUUGAGAUUCGAAGGUGUGCUGGAGGGAAACGGGUGGAGUGUGUCGUUUGUGGAAAGACUUACGGUCGAUUGAUCAAACUGAAGCAGCAUCAUCUGACUCAUACUGGGGAGAGACCUUGGGUGUGCAACACGUGCGGGAAAACGUUUACCAAAUCUGCCUACCUGAAAGACCACUGUCUGAAAUGUCACACUCCAGCCGACCAGAAACGGUUUUCCUGCUAUGUCUGCCACAAGGGAUUUGGAGUGAAAAGUGACCUGAAUGCCCAUUUGGCAACUCAUGCUACCAACAAGCCCUUUGCUUGCGAUAUUUGUGGCCAGACCUUUGCCCUCAAGUUUACGAGGGACACUCAUAAAGCACAACACACUGGAUCUCGUCCAUGGGCGUGCAACGUAUGCGGUCGCUUAUAUGUCACCAAAUAUAAGCUACGUGCUCACAUGAAAGCACAUACUGGAGAACUUGUCUGCUCAGUUUGUGGUCGUCACUUCACGUCCCAGGAUUCACUGGGGCGACACCAGCGCUUGCAUGAGAAUUCUGGUAAAUCUAAUGAUCUCCCAGCUUGUCACAUCUGUAAUAAAAAGUAUGCUACACCUAGUCGUUUGAAGAGACAUGUCCUGACUCAUGAGCGGCAGAAUUCUUUCAAAUGCAGUAUUUGUGGAGAAGAAUUUAUGAACCACCAACUGUUAGCAGCUCAUCAGAAACGUCACCCACAGUCUGGAGUACAACCUUCACAUCGCUGUCACAUCUGCAACAAACUAUAUGUAAGGGAGUCCGACCUUGCUCGGCACAUAGCUAAGCAUAAUGCGACUGGGUUUUGUCAAGAAGCUAAUAGUUCAUCAGUUCCUGUCCCCCAGAAUAAAAAAUGCAACACAGAUGCUGCAGAUGGUGGGAAUCCUCACAGUCUCAACACACUUUCUGAACCUAAUGCAGCUUGUUUUAUACCAAAUAAGAAGACAGAACUUUAUACUCAGUCUCAGACAACAUCUUUAAUGACAAAUAAUGCUCUGGCGCAGCAGACACUGGGGACAAACAGUUACCUUGAUAUGUCACAGUCACAGCCCCAUUCUGCACCUUUAGCGCAAGCACAGCAUUCAAGUGGAAUAACUCAAACGCCUCUCGCAGGGCACGUGUCCCAAUCGCACCCGCUUGCACGCACUUUGGCCCAGUCACAACAUGUAAAUGUGCUGACCCAGUCACAGCACUCGGGAACAGUUCCAUCCCAGCCACUUGCCAAUCCUAUAUCUCAGCCACAACUAGUUGGAGGUAUGCCACACCCUCACUCAGUGGUUAUGUCCCCCUCUCAUCAAAUAACCCAGCCACAACAGCAGCUUGCUAGACCAGUAAGUCAAUCUCAGCACAUUGUUAUAAUGGCACAGACGCAGCACACGCAGGCUAUUGCUUCCGUCCAGCAUCCCCGGGGGAUGCCCCAGACACAGCAGUUAACGAGUGGAAUUUCGCAAGUGCCACAUUCAAGACCUUUGCCACAGCAGCAACAGACUCUUCAUAUGCCCAACCAGCAGCUGAAUUCCGUUGUUGUGGGUCAACCACAACAGCAAGAAUCUUUGUUGGAUAGCAGAACUCAAAGCAAUUCUCAGACAUCCACUCUGUCUGCUCCAGUUUAUAUGUCAAGUGUACAGUAUAACAGUGAUAUAUUGCGAGCAAAUAUGCAAGAGAAUUCAUACCAACACCCACCAAGACAAAAAUAACUUUGUAUAUAAUUGUACAGUUCUAAAUGUAAUGUUAUUUGUAUAAAUGUAAAAAGUUGAAUGUUGGUAUACCGUGCAUUUAGUUAGAAAUGAUAAAUUUGUACUUCUCAUACAUGUGCAACACUGUAAAUCUUUAAUGUAAAAUUAAAAAGGAAUAAGACAA